CGUCUGAAUUUUUGGAGGAGAAAGAUUGAAUUCAGUUGCCUUUCGCUUUCUAAAGGAGGUGGAGUUUGAGGUGGGGAGGGAGAAGAAAGAGGAACGUAAGGAAAAGGAGCAAAAGGCAAACAACGGAAACGGAGAACGGCGGAGCAAUUGCCUGAAUUUAAAUUAAACAAGAAUAUAGUUGAAGAGAGGAAAGAAGAAGAAACCAAGAUGAUAACGCCCUACUUCCUAGAGAAUUUCUGGGGCGAAAAAAACAAUGGAUUUGAUGUUCUCUACCAUAACAUGAAGCAUGGCCAAAUCUCCUCCAAGGAACUUACUGAUUUCAUCAGAGAAAGGGCUACCAUAGAAGAGGUCUAUGCCAGGUCAAUGACCAAACUUGCCAAGUCAGCUGGCAACUUCUCUCAGCUUGGGACAUUUGCCCCAGUGUGGGAUGUGUUUAAGACGUCCACAGAGAAGCUGGCCAGCUGCCACCUGGAGCUAGUGAGGAAGCUACAGGAGCUUAUCAAAGAUGUGCAGAAGUAUGUGGACGACCAGGCCAAGGUCCACAAAAAGACAAAGGAGGAGGUGGCGUCCACUAAUGGGGCAGUGCAGACCAUCCAGACAACCGGGGUGGCCUUACAGAAGUCAAAGGAGAACUACAACGCCAAAACUGUGGAUCAGGAGAGACUCCGCAAGGAGGGAGCCACACAGAGAGAAGUGGACAAGGCGGGAGUGAAGGCCAAGAAAGCCACAGAAGCCUACAAGGGCCUUGUGGAGAAAUACGCCGCAGCCAAGUCCGAGUUUGAACAGAAGAUGGCUGAAACUACACAGAAAUUUCAGAACAUCGAGGAGAGCCACAUCGUUCACAUGAAGGAUAUCAUUCAGUCGUACGCACAAUCUCUUGACGAGACACACGUUCAGAUCGGAGAGGUCCAUACAGAGUUUUUGCGGAACAUGGAGAACACCUCUGUGGAGGGCUUAAUACAGAAACUGGCUGAAAGUAAAGGAACGGGCAAAGAGAGACCAGGUCCUAUUGAGUUUGAGGAGUGCAACACUGCCAUCGCCACUGAAGGAGCCAAACCCAGAAAGAGAAAAACGUAUGCGUUCCCUGGCCGCCGGAAAGACAACAAGGACACAGACUCCACGGAGUCGACAGAAGUUGAAGCUGCUAAUAAUGCCAACGGAGCUCCUCCUGGGUACUACGGCACCAUAGACUUCCAGAACGCUAAUGUCCCCACGGUUGAUGAAGAUGGCUUCUGUAUCAGACCAGAAGACCGCAACGAAAAUGAUGCCAAAGAUAACUCGUUCUAUUCAUCGAGUGACUCGGAGGACGAGGAUGAACCCAGGAAGUUCCGCGUGGAGAUCAAGCCGGUGGCGCCCAACAACGGGACGCACCAGAGCCGAGCCACCAUCGACGAACUCAAGGCCUCCAUCGGAAACAUCAGCCUGUCGCCUCCAACCAUGGGUCAGAUGCGAAGGAAUCAAUCCAGCGACGAGUUGGGAAAGACCAGGAUUCCAGCGUCUUUCAACGACAGUAGACCAGCUUUCAAUAAUGACCUUCUCUCUCUGGAUCCUUUCGGCCCGACCCUGGGAGGCUCCUCCUCAUCGACGGCUGAAGUGAUAUUGCAGCGGGAGCUCUCCUCUCCCCCACUGGCAGACAGCCUGCAGACCAAAGGAGAGGUCACCCCUCUCCCUCCCCUCACCUCCACCACCACUAAUACCUUCUCUCCAUGGGAGGCCUCACUGGACGACCCCUUCCUGGCUCUGAAGCCCAUACCAGCCCGGGCCCAGAGUGCCCCCAUCACCUGGCAGGUUGAGCCCCUAGACCCCCAGGAUCCAACCCCAACCCCUGCAGCCCAAGUCGGGCUCCCUCAGGGAGAGGACCAGUCAGCAUUCUCCUGGUCCCAGAGCCAGUGGAUAGCCUUCAACGAUGACUUUGUCCCAUUCCGACGCCAACAGAGUUGCGGUCCUGGUACGGGUACAGGCCCGGUCAGCCAUGACCGGACCCAGUCAAACCCCCCUACCAGCAGGACCCAGUCUAACCCUCCUAUUGGCAGGGUCCAGUCUGGCCGGUCCAUCCGUUUCUUCUCUGAGGACCCCGCUGACCCCUAUAACAAGAUGCCGCUGAGCUGUGGGGUUGUGGAGGACAGCGCCUCCUGUGUCUCGGAGGUGUUAUCAGCACUGACAGAGGGGAUGGUAGCCUCAGCAGCUAGCCAAACAAACAACGUGCCUGCCCUGGCCAGACCCACUACUCCUCUAGCUGGGGCCCUGGUGCCUCCUCCACGACCCUCCUCCAGACCCAAACUACCCACAGGAAAACUCACAGGAAUCACUGAAAUUGUACGGCCGUUCAGCCCGCCCAAGACGUUGUCCAACGCCAGUCUUCCUCUGGCUGCUCCCCUCGCCCGGGCAGAGAGCUCCUCCUCCCUGUCCUCCACCGCCUCCCUCAGUGCCUCCAACACACCCACCGUGGGGCCUGAGCAUACCUUUCGUCUCUCCCGCUCCUCUCCGGAACCAGAGUUCCUCCUUUCUCCCUCUCCUCUGUUUCUCCUCAGCCAAAAGGAUGAUGGUUUCAUUGGGAAGCUGCCCACCUUUGAGAAGCGCUGUGAAACGCCUGCAGGGACAUCUCGCGGUCCCAGCCCGGUGACCCUGGCAUCCCAGGAUGCCUUGCCCAUCGCUGUGGCCUUCACAGAGUCUGUUAAUGCCUACUUCAAAGGAGCUGAUCCCACUAAGUGCAUAGUAAAGAUCACUGGCGACAUGACCCUGUCCUUCCCCAUGGGUAUCAUCAAGGUAUUCACCAGUAACCCUUCCCCUGCCGUGCUCACCUUCAAACUGAAGAGCACUUCCAAACUGGAGCAGAUCCUCCCCAACCAGACACUACUGUUCAGUGAUCCCUCGCAAAGUGACACUAAUACCAAGGACUUUUGGUUCAACAUGCAAGCUCUCACAUCCUACCUCAGGAAAGCAUCAGAGCAGAACCCUGCUGCAUCCUACUACAAUGUGGACAUCCUCAAAUACCAGGUGUCCUCUAAUGGGAUCCAGUCCACCCCUCUGAACCUGGCAGUGUACUGGAAGUGUACCCCCACCACCACUGACCUGAGGCUGGACUACCGUUACAACCCAGAGUCCAUGCUCUGCCCCGGCCCUCUUUCCAACGUACAGGUCCUAGUGCCCGUAGACGGAGAGGUCAUCAACAUGCAGUCCCUGCCCAAUGCUGUCUGGAACUCAGAGCUGAAUAAGUCUCUAUGGAAGCUGAGUGAUAUCUCAGAGAAGUCAGAUAAUGAAGGCUCGGGGUCUCUGAGGGCUAAGUUUGAGCUGUCGGACGGCCCGUCCACCCCAUCCACCCUGGCUGUGCAGUUUAUGAGCGAGGGGAGCACGCUGUCAGGGGUGGACAUGGAGCUGUUGGGAGCCGGGUACAGACUGUCCCUCAACAAGAAGAGGUUUGCCACAGGUCGUUACAUGGCAGACUGUUGAGUAGGCACACCGGCCUGGAUCCCCAAGCACAACGGCUCUAUUGAAAGCUUUUAUUUUUAAUAUUGUAGUCAUUUCUCUCAUAUUUAUGGAAAGGGAGGGUUAGAGGGGAGAGGUGCAGCGAAUACAAUGGGUUUUUGUGACACAUCCAGACAUUUUGGAAACAGUCUUAAUAUUAUGUCCCAAUGUACCUGUCUGUCCCGGGAAGAGAGAAGAGAGCUUCUUACUGCAGUAAAGCAGCACUGAGUAUUGAACACUGUUUUAAAAAAAAUACAAAUAAACGUUGAGCUGUCAGGAAAUGUAAAGGUAUAGAUAUUGAGAAGUGUAAUGCUUUCUGAUUUAAUUCAGACUUUUAUAAAGUCAGAAUCGUAGUGUUUUGUUACGUAUAGGUGACAAUGUAUGGCUUUUAUAUAUAUAUAUAUAUAUAUAUAUAUAUAUAUAUAUAUAUAUAUAUAUAUAUAUAUAUAUAUAUAUAUAUAUUCCACAAAAAAAUUGGGAAAAAAAUUCUGCACUAACAAUCUUUCCGGACAUUUUAUUUUCUCUCCUUUGUAAAUGUUCUGUGUUCCACUGAAGCUCUUGAGUAACAAAGAUUUUGUGUAAAACGGUGAGAAGAGAAGAUGUGAGAAGAGGAGUGGAAAGGCCGUAGUUUCUUCCCUCACCCCCCUCUCCUUCUCUUCUCCAGUCAAAAUACGGUCGCUGAGUAUUGAUUGUACUUUGCAAGACUUAACUCGAUCUCUUUUUACAGAUUUGUCUUUUUUUCUAUUCUGAUUGUGUGCAAUGAAGAAAUUGAAGUAGAAGCUGUCUUAAACUAAACAGCUUCUCUAAAACUGUCAUGGCACAAGCUUAAUUGGUUGUAUGUUGCUUCAGACAACCAUACAAAGUACUUUUUAAGUGUUUUUGUUCAAAGGAAAAAAACAAUUUGUGGGCUGCACGUUUCGUCACAAUAUUGUUUUGAACAUUGGUUUUAGGACUGAUGCCCGACUGAUCAUUCCACUCAAUGCAUUGUCAAUUUGUGAUGAUGAAUUUUUAAUCAAAAGUGCAUUGCAGUGGCUUGGAAAUAUAAUUAUAUUACUAAAGAAGGCAAAUAAUUCGUAGGAAAACCUUUUGUCAUCAUUUUGAUGUUGCUAUAUUAACUUUAGAUGCAGUAUAAUGUUUGCUAGCUAGCUAAGAUUGAGUGGAAUUCACCGGAUAGCUAACUUUAGCAUUGCUAGCUAUUUUUGACGAACUGUGCUAGGUAAUGACAACAUUUCCAUCUGCAUGAAGUACAUUUGACAACAUGAUAAUGAUGGCAAAGUUGUUUCUUACUAAAUAUUUGCCUACUUUAGCAAUGUCAUCGUAUUUCCAUGCCACUAUAGUGUAAUUUCGACAAAACAGUCAUUAGCCCACGUUCUACUUUUGGGUAUCAAUAUGGCUGUGACGUCUAGAACUUUGAUAACAAUGGCAAUGACACGGCCGAGUGACAGGUGCAACUCAUACUUAACUGACCUCAGUGCCUCUUCUUUACUGUGGAUAAAUUCAUGGAGAAACGUGCCUAUCGUUUCUUUCUGCCCUUUUUGUAUGUUAAAAAACACUGCUAACAAAAAAGAAAGCACUAAUCUUGUGCCAGUUGUUGUUUUAUAAUAGUACUGUUUUCGGACAUUGAAAGGAAAAUGCCUCUAGUUUCUACACCAGUCAAACCCAAAGGCAUCUGUCUUCCAGAAACCACUGAUCCAGUGGACUCACUGUCUCAGUUCUCUCUUUGCUACCAUGUCACCUUUGAAAGUCUUUUCAAUCUUGGGUAUUUUUCUCUCUUCGAUCAGAGAGAGAUCUUUGUUCCCAAAAAGCCUUCUGUCUAUUUAAGAGCACUGGACAGCCUACUGACCUAGCUUCUUAAUCAAAAUCAGGCCAAAUCAAUUCUAGAAAUGCCUUAAGAAAAUAUACCUUGACAUCUGUUGAUAACGGUAAUACAAUUCUAUCCAGAUGGGAUAGGUUACAUACUGUAACUGCCAUGUUUGCCUGUGAGGAGAGAGACAGACAAAGGUUCUUGGUGCUGACUCGAUGUCAUACUGAGGGAUUCAUUCUUGCCUUAUAUAACAAUGGAGGACCAGUAUCUAGAUGGGUUACAUCUCCUAGAUGGAGGGAUAUGCAUACACGUUAUGUAGCAGUUAGUUCUAUCAAUAUCACAAACAUGUUUUUGUAUGCCUUUUUCAUCCAAUGCCUCCUACCCCAAACCAUUGUUUUGACAUAGGUAUAGGUAAAUGAUCAGUACUGUAUUGUCAUUACAAACAUUGAUAAUGGGCACAUCAGCAACAUUGUGAUUGUGGACUAUUUUCUAAAGGCCCCUCUAGGCAUUGUAGGUUACUUCAAUACUAGAUUUGUACUGUUACUGUCCAUCCUGUAUGUGGCCAUCUGACCACCGUAUCCUUGUAGACACCUGGUCUUUGGAACAGUUAGGGUUUGAUACUGUUAACGUUCUUGCUGCUUCUGAAAUGACAGCCUAUGCCCCACAGUAUAUAGUUCAAUUAUUUUGUUUAAUAGUAGUGCACUAUGGAAUAGUGUGCCAUUUCAGAGGCACUCUGAGUAGAUCUGGUUAAUCCAAGCCUUUCUCUUACUUGUAUAAAAAGGUGCCUUUCGUCACAUCGCAUCGCUUACUAGUUAAUAUGUGAUCCGCUCAUAGAGAUAGUUAGAGGACUCAUCUCCAUAUAUAUCCAUCUAGACUCCUCUCUAUCUAUCUCUAUGUAUCUCUGUAUCCAACCUAUCCUCAAAUAAAACUGUUCAGUAUAACAACAAAAUACUUAGACCAUGUGGCCACAGAAUUUAAUAACUAUGAGAAAGAAGUAAUUAUUGUUUAACAAUGUUGAUGUUUAAAAUAUUAUUUGUUUUGUACACAGUACGAUUCGGUCAAGAUUUCGUUUUGUAAGGGCAUGGAUUAAUCUGAAUCACCACUGUUUUUAUUGGAAAUGUUUAAAUUGUGUGUACAAUGUUUUUUAAAGAUGAGAUUUGCAACCUUCAGUAGCAUUGUAGAGGCAGAUACUUAGUUUAGUUGUAUGAUGGGUAAAAUAAUACACAAAAAACUCAACAUUUAUUUAAAUCUCUUCAAGAACACUAUAUGACACCAUACUGUCCCAACCAAAUGCUGUGAGGUUAUCUGAAUGGAGUUUAACUAAACUAAAGCAUUAUCAUGCAAAACAAAUGUAGCAGGUGAGGAACGUUUAGAGUGGAACAACAUGUUUUUGUGGAGUUCUCCUUUAAACAGCACAGGCUACUCUCGAUUCACCCCUCCGAUCAGAGAAACCCCACACAGAAACGGGAAUAUAUAUGCAACGUAUAUUUAGCAAGCUGGUUCUUGCUGUCUCUACAUAACACCCUGUGUUUUUUUUUGGGGGGGGAGCUUGUCAUUAUGGGAAUUCUUUAUAUGUAUGUAUGUCUGUCAAAAGGAGAGUUAAAAAAGCAAAAUUGUGUGUGUAUAUGAUUUCUCAUGAAAUGUACAUUUUUACAAAUAUCUCAGCCACUUUUUUUUCUGUUCUCUUCAUGAUCGAUCUCAAUAUGCCUGUAUUAAAUGUGUAAUAUAUGAAUAUAUACAUGUGUAUAUAAAAAUGACUACUUAAAAUGG